GUCCCCUCCUCUUGUCUUGCCCUUUCCCCUCAGUGCAGCCCCCAGGCACUCAGCUCCCCUCUCUCAUCUCGUCCUCCCUCACUGUCCCCUCUUCUUGCUUUGUCCUCCCGGUGCAGCCCCUGGGCACCCAGCUCCUCUCUCCUUCCACAGUACCAGGCCUGGAAGGAUGGAAAUGUGUGUUUCACACCCCUGCCCUCACCUCCAAGGUGGCCCAGGGUCCUGCAAGCCCCUCUCCGCUCCCCUCCUGGGAUGGCAGAGCUGCAGUCUGUGCCUUCCUGCUGAGAAGCAUUGGGAGCAUUCUCCCCAGCACUCUUCAAAGCCCGGAGUCCAUUCCUGCCCUCCCUUCCCUGUGUUUGACAGCCUCCCUGGGAUAGAGACCAGUUCUGGUAUAAAAUCCAAGGAAGAGUAAGUGACAGCAGCAGCAGAGAUGUUCUUUGACUGAAGCUUGUCUUGUGUAGGAGAUGUCACGUCCUUUCCAGACCUCAAACUACUCAACUCACAAGUGUUUAACCAGAGCCACGGCAUCAGGGGAUCCGGAUGGGCACCAAGCAUCAUCUCAGGAUGUGAAGCGAAGAAAAAAGCCCUCAGUGAAGUGCAUGGGAGCUCCAGAGACAACAAUGACCACAUUAAACACCAUGAAGAUGUUAGAGCCACGUCAGUUAAAACCUGAUAGCAUGGAGACGGAAAGGAUCAUAACUGUCUUGAAUGAGACGAUUGCCAAGCUGGAGAUAAGCAGUUUGAUCCCAUGUAUUAUCACCUCACUGGACAGGUUUGCUGAUAUGCUGGGACCUGAGAUCACAGAAAACCUGAUGGAGCACCAAAAGCUCUCAAACGAAAUGGAGAAUCUGCUUUCCAGCUUGGAAGAAGGGGACACUGUGAGAGCUGAGGAACAACAGGUCUGUCUCCACCUGCUAGAGAAACGACUGAAGUGUUCUGUUCGAAAUGUCCUGAGGCUCCUGCUGGCCAACCCUCUGCUUUGCCAGACUCUGAAAUAUGGAGCCUUGGAGAGGGGGGAACCAGCUCAAGUGUUCAUCAAUGCCUUUGGGGAGUUCAGGACUUUCAUACUUGAGAGACUCCUGACUAGUCCUGUGGAAGAAGUAGAAAAGAUUCAGUUCAUGGAUGACAUCUCCCUUCGGAUUGAGAAAAACACUGAAGCAAUCACAGCAUUACAGGCAGAACUGGCAGCAGCAAUCCAGACUCGAGAGGAGGAGAUUCACAAGAAGGACAAUGUGAUCAAAGACCUCAAAACCAGCAUUCAAGACCUGACCGAAGACUACGAGGCUGACAUCCAGCAGAUCAAGCAGGAGGGUGAAAGACAGCAAGAAACGGAGCUGCAAGCCUCCCAGGCCAGGUGUGCCAUGCGAGAGCAGGACAUUGAGAAGCUAGGAGCACAACUCAAGGCACUCGUGCUGGAGCACCGAGCAUCUGAGUUGGCGCUCAGAAAGAGGAAGUGCAGACUGGAGAUGGAAAUUGUGAACUGGAUGCAGAAAUAUGAUGCAGACAUGGAAGAAAAACAGGCUGAGUAUGAAGAGGUUAAUGCUGCCUACAAUGAGGAGAAGGCCCAGCUGUCCCUGAUGAUGGAGAAACAUGCUUUGCUCCUCCAGGAGUAUUCUCAGAUUGAGGAGGAGCGCAGGAUAUGUCAGGAGAAGAAGGAACAGGCUAUGAAGGAGCUGGCCACCAAGAACCGUGCUGCCACCCGUAUCCAGGCCUUGUGGAGAGGCUACGUGGUCCGGUCCCUUUUCAAGUCAAAGAGGAAGAAGAAGGGCAAAGGCAAGAAGGCCAGGGGCAAGAAGGCUAAGAAAUAAAGGAUAAAAUGUGCUCGCUCUCCUCCUGGCAAAGCUGCUGGCUCUGCUGGGACUGAGCUCCUCCAGAUAAAAGCAUUAGAUGUGAGAGAGCAUUUGUAUUAAGAUCUUCAGUCUGGGGCUACCUCUCAUCAUUGGAGUACAAUCAAGCAGCAUUGUGGAGACAUGUCUCAUCAUUCUGGGUCAGGCUCUGCUACCUCUGCAAGGAGAAGGAUGUCUCCGGAUGAAGGGAUGGGGCGAAGAGCACAAGUUCCAGCCUUGUCUCCUUGUCUUUCGUUACCUGGCCCGUACCUUGCGCGUAUGCCAGAGCCCCACUCUGUUCUUACAGAGUGGCAAUAAAA